AGUUCCAAAUCGCCACUCAAGCGAGAGACAUUCGUUAAUUACAGACUCACGUAAACGCUCGAGGAAGUUAAACGUAAGAACGCACGGUAUUCCUAGUGGAUGACUUUUUUUUUAUUCGUUCCUCUGUGACUUCAAUUAGAGCAAUUUUCUCGGAAUUUCACCCGAUCGAUCCGGACAAGUGGGUGAAGAGAGUUUGGUGACCCGGACAAUUUUUUACGUUUUUAGUUUUCAUUUCGGUUUUUUUUGGGGUGAAGUGAAGUGUGGGGUAUAGAAGAUGGACUUUCUGCCCAGUUACGCAAAUCAGUGGAAUAACUUACAAUCACCAGGACAUCAUCAUCCACAAUUUGCCACCAUCAAUGUUAUGCCAUAUCCACCCCAAACCCCAUCAGCGUGUUCGGCUGCAUCCAAUGGAGUAUCUAGUAUGUCCCCCAAUCAAGAAUCCACCUCAUCACGCUGCUCUAAUUCCGUAAGCCCAGGUAGUGACAUUAUGUCAACUGUCUACUCAGCUCAACAGCAACCAGCCCAACCAGGAUCCCACAUGGACAUGGUUUCAAGGGCAACCAGUCUUCAGUACUCGCCAUAUCAUCCCGUGCCAUACGGUAGUCAGAACUUCUAUCCAAACACCUGGUUCCCGCAUCGACAUCAGGAGACAACCAGCAGUCUCUACCAUCCCCAUGGGACUUUCGAUGCUGCGGCGGCAUUUGAGUUCGCCUGUCAUCAGAGUCAAUUGGCCACGUCGAGGCGCUGUGCCAAGUGCGACUGCCCCAAUUGCUACAACGAACAAGCAGGUCGACCACCUUUAGUAGGUCCCGAUGAGAAGACAGGAAAGAAGGUGCACCUGUGCCAUAUACCCGGAUGUGGGAAGAUCUAUGCCAAGACGAGUCACCUGAAGGCGCACCUGAGGUGGCAUACAGGCGAGAAGCCGUUCGUGUGUACCUGGUGGGCGUGCAGUCGACGCUUCACGCGAUCCGACGAACUGCAGCGCCACAUGAAGACCCACACGGGCGAGAAGAGGUUCACGUGUGAGGUUUGUUCGAAAAAAUUCAUGCGGAGUGACCACCUGUCGAAGCACAUCAAGACCCACGAGAAGAAGCUCAGAAGAGUCAUGUCAGCCACAAAGAAGUCCCCAGCUCGGAAGGGAACUAAAGUCAAAGAGGAGGUUUCAGUGGAACCCAGCCAGGAGCAUCCGGUGACAGUUAAAGUGGAGAACACACAACCUGAAAUUCCAGUGUAUCAGGAUCCUGUGCUCACCUACCAUUCCCACCAUCAGACUACCUCAGGAUACCCAGCCAGUCAUGCUGGUAAUUCCUUCUCAGUCCCACCUCCACCUGCCGCACAGAACGUGCCAAAUGAGGACUUCCCCAUGGCAUGUCAGUUCUACGGACUGAGAUUUCAUUCGCACUCCUACCAUCAGGCACCGUCAGCUACAUACAGCAACUUCCCCGACUAUCCAACGUACAAAACUUACUAAAAGACCAGUGAUGCAGGGGUAGCCUAGCCCUGAAACAUCCUGUGCCAAUCCAAUGUGAAUAAAUUGUGUAUAGAGCAGGAGGAGAGAAAAGACGAAAUAUAUUUUAGUAGGAAAGCGAA